GCCACGGGUGUCCCAGCCCUGCUGCAGCUUCGUGUCCUAUACCCGUGCCACAGCAGUACCAGAAGUGCAGGGGCAGCAGAGGGAUGUACGAGGGACAUUUCUUGCACUGGAGGCCCACAGUUCCAUGGCCAGAAGCAACACAGGCUGGGCUGGGCCCUGUGCCAGGCAGGAAGGGAGCCGGGCAGGGCGGGACACGACAUUAUGGCCAGCAAAGGAAGCGGCGUUUCCUGCCCGGCUCAGCCCACGAUGGGACGGAGCUGCCGACCACUGGUACCAGUGCAGACAGAGGACGAGGACGAGGACAGAACGGUCUCACUGCAUGCCCUGCUGUUCCUUGCAUAUGGUUCCCAGUGGUUUUUGACCCACUGGGAUUUGCCUUUCCAGCUCCCUGCCUCUAGCCGUCCUUUCGCCUCCUAAGGGGAACAUUCCAACACACCCCGCUGUGCACCAUGCUUCCCAGCACUGGCACCAGCAACUCCCACCGACAUCUCCGGUCAUAGCGAGGUGUGGCUGAGCCUCAGUUCCCUGUUCCUUGCCUGUGACAGCCCCAAUCCAUCACCGGAGGGGUGAUGGGUCCACGCUGGGGUAUUUAGGGGAAGUCACGGACACGGGUAGGGAUGGGCAGAGGCUGCAGAGCGAUCUGGCUGAUGGGCACCGGUGCUUUGUGUGGGAGCGAGUGUGCGUCCUGGCCAGCAGCAGGGACACUGCUCCCCCCCGGGCAGUGAGAUAAGGGUGCUCCUGCCCCGAGCAGUGGGGCUGUGCUGCCAUGACCGUCUCCUACACGCUGAAAGUCGCCAACUCCCGUUUUGGGGGCUUCUCCAAGCUGCUUUUCCGUUGGAAGGGCAGCAUCUACAAGCUGCUCUACAAGGAGUUCAUCGUCUUUGUGGUGCUGUACGCGCUGCUCAGCAUCAUCUACCGGCGGCUGCUGACCGAGGAGCAGAAACGUCUCUACACCAAAGUGGCUCAGUACUGCAACCGCUCCACGGACCUCAUCCCUAUGUCCUUCGUCCUAGGCUUUUAUGUCACCCUGAUCGUGAAUCGGUGGUGGGCGCAGUACACCAGCAUCCCGCUGCCCGACCAGCUCAUGUGUGUCAUCUCCAGCAAUGUCCAUGGCAAGGAUGAGCGGGGUCGGAUCCUGCGGCGCACCCUGGUGCGCUACGCCAACCUGUCGGCCGUCCUCAUCCUGCGCUCCGUCAGCACCAGGGUGCUCAAGCGCUUCCCCACCAUGGACCAUGUGGUGGAAGCUGGCUUCAUGACGCAGGAUGAGCGCAAGCAGUUUGAGAGCCUGUACUCGGACUUCAACAAGUACUGGAUCCCCUGCGUCUGGUUCACCAACCUGGCGGCCCAGGCACGGCGCGACGGCCGCAUCCGUGAUGAUGUUGCCCUACGUCUGCUGAUGGAUGAGCUGAACCUGUUCCGGGCCAAGUGCAGCAUGCUGUUCCACUACGACUGGAUCAGCAUCCCGCUGGUGUACACGCAGGUGGGUGACCCCAGCCCUGCAGCAAUGUGUUGGAGCACGGGGCACUGCUGGGAUCAUCCCCCUUCACUAUCACCUUCUGUCCCCAUGUUCCCCAUGCAGGUGGUCACCAUUGCUGUGUACUCCUUCUUUGCCUUCUGCCUCAUUGGGCGGCAGUUCCUGGAGCCGCUGGAGCCAGGGCAGGAGGGGGACCUGGAUAUGUACAUCCCCCUCUCUACCCUCCUGCAGUUCUUCUUCUAUGCUGGCUGGCUGAAGGUUGCAGAGCAGAUCAUUAACCCUUUUGGGGAAGAUGAUGAUGACUUUGAGACCAAUAAGUUGAUAGACAGAAACCUGCAGGUGUCCCUGCUGUCGGUGGAUGACAUGUACCAGAACCUGCCACCGGCCACCAAGGACAAGUACUGGAAUGAGUCCACAGCUCAGCCCCCCUACACCAUAGCCACCGCCGCCGAGACACUGAAGCCCUCCUUCCUGGGCUCCACCUUUGACAUGCGCAUGACCGAGGACAUGGAGCAGAGCCAGCCAGUGGAUGCCUCGCCGAACAUGGCCCGCAUGCAGACCCCGCUGCUCAGCCGCUUCCUCGCCGCCGCAUCCCCUGCCAUCAGCAUCAAAAAUUUUGGUCGAGGCGGUCGAGCCACUCCCCACCUGCGGCGUGCCCGGGGGGACAGCACCGUCCUCUGCGAGGACCCUGAGGCCGUCAGCCGCAUCGAGGAGGAGGAGACGGAAGAUGAGGAGAGCCAGACGGGCAGACCCUGCUCCCCAAAGGCCUCCGAAAGGCAGAAGGAGCUGCCGCUGAUCCAGGUGGAGGCACCAUCCAGAGAGAGCAUCGAAGUUGAGCAGCCAGGGGCCAGGGAGCCAUGAGGAGGUGGGAGAGCCCUGUCCCCAUGCAACCCUGGCCCCCCCUGGCCAGAAGUAGGGCCUCACCACUCCUGAACCAGGUUUGUCCCCAGGGUGGUGGGAGGUGCUGAUGGAUUGGGGUGAUGGCGCUGCUCGCAGCUGGCCAGGCACACUGCCUGCUGCCAACGGGACAGCCCAAGCACUGAGCCAGGACAGACAAAGGUGUUCAGCACCACAGUGGGGUGUCCCCUUGACAUUAAUAAAGCUCUUGCCAACCUUG